AUGCUCAAAACACUAUUAUUACUGUUCCUUGGGCUGAUCUGUGGAUGCUUCUGCUGUUCCUGCAUGCCCUCCGAGUCCGACUCGGCUGGUUUGUGCAGAUCCGACUGGGGUGAGUUCAAUUGGCGUGGUUCUGGCAAAAGUCGGUUGCAGUGAGCCGCGUGAGGAUCCUCAACAAAACGGUGAACGAACAGGAAAUGAAAGUGACCUACACUGUGAGCCAUCUCCAACAGCUUCUCGUGAGCUUUUCUUUGAUUCAUAAUGUUUUUAACCUUUUUUUGAACUUCGAAAUUCAGCCGAAGCAUGACACAAAAACUCUUCCGACGACGAUUCAGACACACACGAUGUCUUCUGUCUGCGGUGUUCCGGAGCUUCAAGUCAACCACAAAUAUCUUCUCACAGGUUCACAGUUUCCGAUAUUUCGUACACACUCAAGAAUUUUUCAGGUUCUGGAGACACAAGCUCCAGUCUUAGACUCCUGCUUUGCAGAUGGAUCGUUCCUGAGCGUCUGCUUAUCCAAGGAAAAACCAUCGUAUGUUUUUUUGAGCUUGAAUUUGAAUGAGACGGUAAGAAUUUCCAGGUUGAUGCUGCAAAGUGGGAAGAAUUUGUUCGAUCGGCCAACUGCAUACGUAGAAAAUCACUCGAUCAAUUAUUGUGA